GCCACAGCUCCAACCACAACAUCCUUUGGGGUUUGGCUUACAGAGCUAGAGCGGAUGACCCCCAAAUAGCCCUGGCAGAUUCCCCCAUGACCCUCCCAUGGUCAGACGCCCCUCCCUCCUCGGGCGCAGUUGCGAGAGUAUAAACCGUGCUGGCGGCUGGAAAGGCCAUCAGCGGGGUCCUGAGCAGCAGCCCAGCAGCCACUGGCAGACACCAUGAGGCCCAUGACAGCCCUAGCUCUGCUGGCCCUGGCCGCCCUCUGCCUCGCCGGCCCGGCAGAUGCAAAGCCCAGCAGUGCCAAGUCAGGCAGAGGCACAGCCUUCGUGUCCAAGCAGGAGGGCAACGAGGUGGUGAAGAGACUCAGGCGCAACGUGGACCAGGGGCUGGGCGCCCCAGCCCCCUACCCAGAUCCCCUGGAGCCCAUGAGGGAGGUGUGUGAGCUCAACCCUGACUGUGAUGAGCUGGCGGACCACAUCGGCUUCCAGGAGGCCUAUCGGCGCUUCUACGGCGCGGCCUAGAGCCUGCAGGCCCCUCAGCGCCCGCCGGUGCUGCGCAGGACCUGGCCGCUUUCCCUUCCUGCACCCUCCCCUCCCUCCCCUCCCUGGGGUCCCCAUCGCCCCAGCUGCUCCAGAAUAAACUCCAGAAGAGGA